AUGCCUGUUAUCUACACUGACCUAAGGGACAAAGUAGUCUUGCUAUCGGGUGUAGGACAAGCCCCACAAGACUACGACAAAGAGAUCUGGGGCAACGGUGCUGCAACCGCGAGGAUACUUGCUCAGAAUGGAGCUAGAAUCUUUGGUUGCGACCUAGACCUUCCAUCCGCUGAAUUGACAAAGGAACGUGUUGAGCAGUGCGUGGAGAACGCCGAUAUUACUGUGGUACAAGCCGAUGUCACCAAGCGAAAAGAGGUAGAGAGUGUUGUCGAGAAAUGCUUAACUAAAUAUGGUAGGAUUGACAUCUUGGUGUGUAACGUUGGCAAGUCUGCACCAGGAGGGCCCGCCGAAAUGUCCGAUGAGGCAUGGCAGAGCCAGCUAGAUGUCAACCUUACGUCGGCCUUUCUCUGUACAGGUCAAGUACUACCAUUUAUGGAGAAGCAGAGCUCAGGUUCCAUUAUACUAUUAUCGUCGAUCGCUGGCAAAGGCUUUGCAGGUAGGUCACACAUCGGCUACUCCACGACCAAAGCAGCUCUUGUGAAUAUGGCGCAGGCUAUCGGUGGCCGCUAUGCAGGUCAAAAUAUACGCUGCAAUGCUGUCGUGCCUGGUCUCAUCCAUACACCUCUUGUGGCAAGACUUGCAUACGAAUACAACAACGGGGAUUAUGAAGGGCUAGUGACCAAACGUGGUAACUCUGUCCCGAUGGGCAGGAUGGGAACAGCUUUCGACGUUGCAAAUGCUAUUGCAUUUUUAGCGUCGAACGAAGCAGCGGGCUAUAUCACCGGCACUCAACUGACAGUUGAUGGUGGACUAACAGCUGUCGUCGGCUCUAGCCAGGCUGGAUGA